AUGAACGACACUGGCAAAUAUCGAUGUGUGGCAAGUAAUAGUAUGGGUACGGAGAAGUCAAGAGCAGCGGCAUUAUUAGUGCUUGGUAAGGUGUUGCAUUAACAAGUUACGUAUACUUACUUACUUAAUUACUUACUAACUUACUUGCUUGCUCGCUCGCUUGCUUGCUUGCUUGCUUACGUAUCUCCUUACCAACCUAUUUACUGAUUAUAACUACUUAUUUAUUUACUUUCUUACUUAUAAGAAGAUGUAAGGAAUUCCUGCCAUUCCUGAAAGUUGAAUUUAUUCACAAAGACAAAAAGAUUGCUUAACAAAUCUCGUGAUUGGAUACUGCCUACAGUUUGUCUCAGUAAUCCUUGCAAUUGUCUUUCGGCUUUAGUUUGAAGCUUUUCGAGAAAAAAAAAGAGGGCUUUGGCCAAAGUGAUGCUUCUUCCAGUCUAAGACCAUGUAAGCAAGUUUCAAGUUUCAAGUCUACGUUUUCAAGUUUAUUUAUUAUACACCUUUUGCUGUUCAUUAUUGGAGAAAAUACGCAAUCAUUUGCGUGAAACGGCGACCAAUAGUGCGAAGACACAUUCAUUAGCUCAAAAAUACGAACAUUUGCGCAUAAAUCAGAUUCAAUUACGAUUUUUGCAUUUUAAUCAACAUUCAAUAACACUUUUGGGCACUUAUAUGCGUCAUUUGGCAUACAAAACAGAAAAAUAUACUUUCGCCAACAUCAAAGUCAUUGGCCAUGGUUUUGUUUAUCACAAAGCUCAUAAACUUAUCGUCCAACGGAUAGUUGCUGAAGAACACUCUUGAUACAGAACGUAAAAAUACUGACUGUAUAAUAAAAACAUAUUUAUGUCCUUUUAUAGACGGUCGAAAACCAACUAUUAUUAAGGCGCCAGUAAACCAAAGUGCACAUAUUGGGUCCAACGUAACAUUUAACUGUACGGUGAGUGGUGAUCCUGCGCCUGCAGUAAACUGGACGAAGGAUGGUAACUUGUUGCCGUUCAACCAAAAAGUCCUGACAAACCUCACAACGGGUAAAAGUCAGCUUGUAAUAAGAGGAGUGAGAAUGAACGACACUGGCAAAUAUCGAUGUGUGGCAAGUAAUAGUAUGGGUACGGAGAAGUCAAGAGCAGCGGCAUUAUUAGCGUUUGGUAAGGUGUUGCAUUAACAAGUUACGUAUACUUACUUACUUAAUUACUUACUUACUAACUUACUUGCUUGCGCGCUCGCUUGCUUGCUUGCUUACUUAUCUCCUUACCAACCUAUUUACUGAUUAUAACUUCUUAUUUAUUUACUUUCUUACUUAUAAGAAGAUGUAAGGACUUCCUGCCAUUCCUGAAAGUUGAAUUUAUUCACAAAGACAAAAAGAUUGCUUAACAAAUCUCGUGAUUGGAUACUGCACACAGUUUGUCUCAGUAAUCCUUGCAAUUGUCUUUCGGCUUUAGUUUGAAGCUUUUCGAGAAAAAAAAAAAGAGGCUUUGACCAAAGUGAUGCUUCUUCCAGUCUAAGACCAUGUAAACAAGUUUCAAGUUUCAAGUUUAUUUAAUAUACACCUUUUGCUGUUCAUUACGAGUAAUAUUAUAAGUUUAUUAUAAGUAAUGUGGUUCCACAUUAAAUCCAAAAAAGGAAGAGUAAUUAAAGGACAUGACAAACUAAAGGCAGACAUGACCAGUGGACUGACUCUCCCAGGACAGGACUAACAGAAGGGACAACGCUUUUGCAGCACCCUCCCCCCCCUAGGGAUUGACAUGGAGGCCCCUUUCCAACAUGGCGAGUUAGCUCAGGGACUGAGCUUGACAAUGAGACCAACCAGGACAGCAAGCCCCCUAUGUUUUUUCUCACCGCAGCAACCAGCUAUCGCCAGCUUUCUGUGCGAAUAUUCUGGCCCAUUUUGAGGUAUCUUUCAAAACUUCGGCUAGAUAUAUAUAUAUAUAUAUAUGUAGAGAAGAGUUGAAAGUUUUUUGGCCAUGGUUUUGUCUUUAUCUACAUAGUUGUCUUCGGUUUAUCACAAACCUCAUUAACUUAUCGUCCAGCGGAUAGUUACUGAAGAACACUCUUGAUACAGAACGUAAAAAUACUGACGGUAUAAAAAAACAUAUUUGUAUUCUUUUUUAGACGAUCAAAUACCAACUAACCAGCCAGGUAUGUACUCACUCACUUCAUACGUUCCUUCCUUCUCUACUUCCUUCCUUCCAUCCUUCCUUUCUUGCUUGCUUGGUUACUUACUUUUGAUAAACCAACCUCAGCCGAGUUAAACAAAAUGUCAAGGGGCGCAGCUAGGGGAGGGUCCUGGGGUGCCCGUGACCUCCCCCCCGCCCCUUGGUAGGCCUUCUUUUGAGCAAACAACCUACAAUAUUCAGGUGGCGAAAACACCAUGUCAAUAUCUUGGCCGUAAAAGCCAUUGUUGAAAAGCCCACUUUUUUAAAAUUGGUUUUUUGUAAAGUAUUUUCGUCAACGGCUCUUGUCUUUAGUUAAUAUGGGCCUUCAUGCCGCGAUAAUACGACUGAGCCCGCUGAUACAAGAGGGAGAGCAGCGGUAUAAACCAUAUAUAGUCGGCGAUCCCCGGAUGGUGACUCCCCCUUUGAAAAAUCCUGGCUACGCCCCUGAAUGUGAGUGAAAAUGUACUGCAGAGUAGACUUUUUAUGUUAUGUUUUUUUUUUUUUCGCCAUGACCGGGAAUAAAGUACCAAGCUCCAGUACUAGUUUAAUUGUUGGGUUAUGUCUUGGGGUCCUCGUGUUGGUUACUUGCGUGGUUAUAGGACUGUUGCGGUAUCGAAGGUCAAGACGUGCUAAAGAGGUAAACCUUAGUGACAUUUACAUGACAUACAGGUGUCACACUAACGUUAGCAAGCAUUAUUGAUGACCAUAUUUAAAAAUAAUUUUUACUUGAGCUUGCUUAGCCGCGAGACUCCGGAGACCAUGGAAACUUGGGAUAAGAAUCGUGACGUUUCAGAGCACCAAGCAUCCUUGUGACGAAAGUUUAGGAAAGAUUAAUGCGAAAGAUGUCGAGCUUUUCCGGGAAGGGUAGGUCCACGAAUUCUAUCGCUGAAAGGCAUUGAUUACUUUCUAAUAAGGGAAUACUUCAUUGGUCGAAAAAAUACGAAUCUUUAUGAGCAAACCUUAGUCUGCUACACAGCCGUUUUUAGAGUCGUCACGCAAUGCUCCUCCCCACUAUCGGCUGCUGAAAACCGAACUACAAUCCUUUCCCGUGAUUAGCCAAUUAUAAUUCAGCUCCCAUUUUCUGGAAGGUGUUCGCGCCACGUUUGCGGUACUGUGACUCCUCCAAUCACAGCUUUGCUUUUAUUGGUGCCCCAUGUGUGAAUGACAGAAUAAUCAAAAUCGUCGCGUGAAAACAAGCAAUUAACUACAGUAGUGUUGUCGUAGUCAAGUCGUAUUCAAAAUUUAGGAGAUAAGCAGCAAGCAAAUCGAGCAAAUUGCGAUGUACAAUAUGGAUGUGCUCAUAAAGUUGCCAGAUAUAGUUUCGGGAAAUCGCUCAUCGAUAAUUUAUAAGAUUGCCUUUUGAAUCAGUACCCUUGAGAGUUUAGUCUUCACAGGAACACAAUGAGCACAUCCGGCUCAUUAAAUUCUUCAUUACAUAUCAGUGCAUAUGCACGUUAAAUGAAGAACCAACCGAUCCUGGUAAAAGUCUAGCUUCUAGGCCUAUCAAACCUUUUUUUUCACUUGGAACUUUCUUGACCGCUUAAAACAAAGUUUUUUGUAAAUUAACCUUUCCGUUACUUGAAAACACAGAGCCAGUCUAAAUUCAGCGACGAUUGAUUGAUUUGUCGAAAACUGAGGAGCGUGCUCGCUUCCUAGCGCCCUGCGGCUCACGUAUUGUCAAAUUUCUUAUACAUGAUUGGCUUGUUCGUUAGACCACAAACACAAAGGGAAAGGAAUGUAGUUCGGUUUUCAGCAGCCGUUUGUGGGGAGGAGCGUUGCGUGACGACACUAAAAACGGCUGUAGAGCAGACUAAGCAAACCUUCGAUGGCUCCGCUUUUGUAAACUUUCAUUGUAUGCAAAUGAGUCUUGUGACGAGCAUGCGGGUUAUUUUCGGCGAUGACUGAAAAGACGAGCCGUGUUCAUCACGUUUUUGCGCUUUGGCAAUGAUGUAAUUUCUCUCGAAUUGAGGCCCUUGAUUUUCGUGCAUUUAUAUACGCGUACUCAAACAAUUCAGAAACAAGUCGUCGAACACGGUAUGAAACGUAAAUAUCCCAAGAAAUACUUGACCGUCGAUAAAAUAGGACGUGAAAAGUUUUUAGUGAGGAAAUCCUGUUUCGUGUAGAAUUAAUCGCCUCCUCAUUUCUUAUCUAAUCUCCAAGCGAGCUCGACUAACCUUUUAAGAGCGUUCUUGUAACAUCCAUUUCAAGUCAAUAAUAGGGAAAAACCACUGUAUGACUAUAUUUAUGACAGCUGAUAAUAACGUAGGACGCAGUAAGGAAAGGAAGAUAUUACAGAGAGGAAAAGAAAAAAGCCAAAAUGUACAAACUUUCAAAAACUCUUUCAUAAUUCAUGAGCUCAACAACCUAUCACGUCCGCUAAAAUCCGUCACGUGCCCGUGUUUUAAACCCCGGUAAAACACUGUCAAACUUUCAUCCUUAUUAGUAUUCUUUAUAUAUGAAAUACUAAUAAGGAUGACAUUUUAUUUCAUUGCACGUGACCUAUGAAUAUUAAUUUCAGAACAGCAACUGAUACAAAAAUGGUGGGUGAAUAUUUAAUGUUCUUUCAAAGUAACACACGCAGUAAAUUUACUGUUGCAAAAAAUUAAACUUCGUUCUUUCACCAAUUUAAUCAGCCAAGAGUUCAGUACUGUGACACAGCGGUAAUAUUGGCUACAGUAGUGUCCAAGCGUUACACUCAAGAGUUGCCAGUUGAAAAUACGCAAGGCUCGAGUACCGGAUUUUUGGGUUUACCUCGGUGUAAGAACCUGUGAACUUUUUCUUUGUUUCGCACCGUUUGUUUUUCUACGUUCUACUGUGUUGACUUCUUUGUUUCCUUUGUUUUACGUCACUUGUGAGUUUAACAGGUUCUUACGCCGAGGAUGAGCCGGAUUUUUGUUUACCUACCAUUCGGCCAUUCCAGGAAACGUUUUUCAAAUAAUACUUUUUCAGUGGAAUAGUUGACUUUGAGGUACCAUUCUAAAUUAACUUCCUCUCUUCCUCGGCAUUUUUAGGCUUCCGAAAAGCUCUGGAACACGACGCUAUGUCCUCUUCGGUUAGUGUCGUUCGUAGACUGGAAAAUUUCUAAACACGUGCGAGAUUUGAUUUUCUUACAUAAUAAUUUCCUUUCGAAAUGUUUUUUUUGUAUGCUAAUUUCCAACGUUCACAAAAGCGUCAUUGUUAUCAGCUCCACUGAGAGACGCUUUUCCAGGAAUGUUUUUGAAGUCGUUCAAUAAACUCGCGGGUCGGGUUUUAUGAGGGUAUAAAGGCACGAGACGAGGCUAGGCCCCCUGCCUACCUAGAUCUAACAAGAAAAAACGCUUCUAGGAAUUCAUUAGUGAAACUGAGAAUAAGCAGUCACAAACUUAAGAUUGAAACAGGUAGAUACGACAAUAUACCACGUGAUGAAAUGUUAUGCAGUCUCUGCAAUUGUAACAGAAUUAAAGAUGAAACUCACUUUUUAUUAGAUUGUCCAAGUUUUUCUUCGAUAAGAGAGAUGUUUUUCUCUAAACUAGAACCUAAACUACCGUUUCUACGACUACAAUGACAUGAGACCUUAUUAUCACAUCUAAUAAAUUCUAGUGACUAUUUCCUUAAAAUCCAAUUAAUUUCAAUUAUAUCAUCUUGCUUUGAAUUGAAUAACAAAGUUGUCUCCGGAAUAAUUAAUCCUACUGAUGGUCGAAAAUAAGCAAUGAUUAAUAUAUUUAGAGUUAUUUUAAAUAUUUAAUUUAUUUAAUUCAAUAAUUAAAUUCAAGUAGCUUUUGCAAUACUGUUAUAUAGUUUGCUAUAGUAAAUAAAGCUUAUUGUUGUUGUUGUAAUAUUAUACCACGCCGAAAGUCCGAGAGUCAUGGUAGAAGUGGAAUGCUGAAAACUAUGCCAUCAUUACAUUAGGAAGGUUUUUAAUCGGAACAAACAAUACGGCAUUUUAAAAAUGUAGCUGAUGUGAAUACACCGUUAGGCAUAUGCACCUUUUUAAGGAGCGAAGAUAUUUCGUGUACUUCACCGCUCCAGUCUCUCUAUGACUUAAGACUUAAGGGAAGCAAUGUUUAAUUCUCUUUAGUUUGUCUUUGGUUAAUAGAUAAAUGACUUGGAAUCAUCCAGUCUCGCUAUGGAGAGAUUAAAUGAAGACUCCGAGAUUUCACCAGAUGACACAGAAAACAUUAGUGGCAUUACAGAUGCUGCUCAAGAGGAAGACAGAGUACAGCUCCUUGUUGGCCACGUAACUGAAAUAGCUUCUGUAUCAAGACAGUCUGAUGGUAUUUACAUUAAAUACUCAUGAAAGAAUUUUCACUGCUAAUCACUCGUCUCCCGCGCACUUGUCUCCUGCGUAGCUAGCCUACGUGGCAGGCGUUAAAAGGGGAAGGGGAAGGGGGAAUUUGGGCGCGCGAGGGAGAAAGGAAGGAAACGCGUGCAAGGAGACCAUUGUUUUCUUCAUUUUUCACGCUCAGAUCGAUUCUGAGCGUGAAAAUAGUGAUUGGUCAGAAUUAAUUCAGAAAUGUCAAUCUUCGACUUAAUACCUUUUUCCGAUUGGCUGAAAACAACAUCACGCCAUUUGAGUAACUAAACGUAUGUUGUUAGUGAAGCGAGAUGAGGUUUCUCUACUGGAAUUCACCGUUAGAAGGCAUCAAUUUCAGCUUGAAAGGAGAAUAGAAAAAAGCAGUUAAAGAACUGUAUGAAGGUUCUGAAAAGUAUCAUCUCCCAACAGCUUGUCGGUUUUACUCACUAGAAGAAAGAAAGGAGACAUCAUGCUGCCUGUGUGCGUGUUAUCUGCUAAUUGACCCGCGAUAUCAACGGCAAUGUGGUUGAAGACGAACCCUCAGCGAUUUUUGGUUGAGGACUUCUUCUUGCUGGUUAUAAAACCGCCAUGAACUUACUUUAAUAAUGAAUUGCUGCAUUCUUGCAGAUCUUCGAAGUUCAGCUCCCUGCUACCAGCGUUCUUUUGUGUGCUCCGCUGGAUCCAAUUCGUCCUGUUAGAAAUUCAAAGAGUGACGGCAAAGUGUUUUAAUUUUUCUCAGACAAACAUUGCAUUGAAAGUUCCCAAGAGCCGCUACAUUCUUAUCAAAUAGUUUUCCAGCCCGAUUCCUUCAGCAACAACUUGAAUUGGAUUUAUGCUGGAUUUUAUGUCACUCGGCACGCGUCGUUGCAACUUUCAAAGAAGAUUCCUUCAAUGGACGACCGCAUUUGAACUUUUUUAUAGUACCUAGUUCACUUUAGAUUUCUUAUUAUAAAACAAAAGAUAAACAGUGCGAGAAAUACGACUAGAAUACGUGCAUCGUGGCCGGACUUAUUUGACAGCUAGUUAUUCACAGUUGCGUUAUUUUUGUUAUUUUUUUAAUUAGUAGGGGGGAUGGCGAAAACAAUGGCUUGCUUGCAGGCGUUCCCCUCCUCCCUGACCUCCCUCGCGCGCGGUCUCGCGCCCUAAUUCCUUUCCCCUUCCCCUUCGAACGCCUGCCACGCAGGCUAUUGCGUAGCUAGAAAAUAGUGGUUGCGUUGGAGACUAUGUUAUAACACAUGAUAUUGCCCACUUAAAUUUUCUUACUUCAAAAUUGCGAAAAGAAAAUGUUAAUGAUCAAAAGCUGAUACGGAAAAUAGCCUAUUUUCAAGUCUGAAAUUCCACUGAGCUACAGUAGAUAUACCGAUGCAAUUUUGAAUGUUGUGACGUCCUCGGUUGCCGUCGUCGAUGCUACCCAUUCAUGGUUUUCACGCAAGCGUCAACCAGGAAAAACUGAAAAAAAAACGUCAUAAUAACUCAAUUCAUUGACAAUAUGUAUCCUUUUCUGAUUGGCUCGAAUCCCCUGAAAAAUUCUUCAUAACCGACUAGCGUUGACCAAAUUUGGAAGACGUUUGUAAAAUCCCGUAUUAUACUACUGCAUGAGAAAUUUCUGCAACUUGAUUGGCUCAGAACAGUGUAUUUCUGCUUAAUUUGAAAUACCUACCGUGAAAAUUACACAUAUUUUGCGGGUAGUAGUAUAAACAAAUAAUAGCAUGUUUUGUACGUGAUAUUUGACAUAAAUACCACUCGUGAUAUUUAAAAAGUGCCUCAAAUUUCACUCGCCUAUCGGCUUGUGAAAGUACGUAUAACAAUAUGGAAAUAUCACUAGUGGUAUUUGUGCCAAAUAUCGCUACAAAUCAUGCUAUUACCUAUACAAAUAACGACAAUAGUACAGGCUAUCGCCGGCAAAACGGACGGCAGCCGAGAAGAUUUUACACGUUUUGCAAAGUAGAUAUUGCCAAACUUUUGCCUUAAAAACGUGGCAAGAACAGCAAAAAUACUGUUUAACGCGUGACAAAUGAAGAAUAUGAAGAGUAAUCUCCUAUACCUAAUAUUCCUUUGUAUCCUGAAUUUGCGGAGGAGCGAACAACUAAUGACGGGAACUUAACAUCGUUCGAGGUAUAUAAGCUAGGGUGUGAAUUGUUUCGAAUGUAUACUGAAAUAGUUAUUAGAUUCGGCUGCCGUAUGAUCGGAAGAAUUAUGAGGAUGUUAGAGGGUGUUAUCCACCUUGACGGAUAACGCCCUUCUCGAUCUUCUCAGCGGUAUCCAAUAUUCGCUAGAUAUGCGAUGUUAACAUUUUCUCUUUCGUAAGCGGCUCGUUUCAAGCAAUUUUUGUCAAUGGCAUUGUCAUAAGCUACCACCGGUCACUUGAUGUUGUUCCUUUCGUGUUUUAGGGGAAUUUUCUGUUGACCUGCCAAGAAGCCAGCUUGAAACACCUGAACCCAUUCUAACACCCGGAGACGUACCUCCCGAGGGAGCACCGAAGCCUUGCAGGCUGAUGACGCAGGACAGUGCUUAUGACAGCGGGGGAAGCCAAGAGAGCGUUUCCUUAGAACAUGACAAUGCCUUCGACAGAGAAAGGUACAUAGGCUGUAUAAAGGGCAUAAACAUAGUAAAUUAGCAGUAACCCCCGCGGUCUAUUGUCGACUACAUUUUUACGAAGAUGUGAGAAUCCAUAGUACAUUAUUUUUCUAAAGAAUUUUGCAUGCGAACUGAACAAUCAAUGUAACCCCCGUGAGAGCACACUAUUAACUAAUUCAUUUCGCAUACCUUUCAUGAUGGAAGUCACAAACGUGAUUUAACAUAUCUCCCUUAUGAAGGCAACAUGAUGUGCGGAACCGGCUACAUGUUGUCAAAUCGCCACCCAUUGCCUGCACCCAGUCCCAUAAGUGCAUUAAUCUGGAUGCCAAAGGAUUAAAUUCUAGCCGACCUCGCAUUACCAAAGCUUGUCCUGAAAUCUUUGUGCACGUCAAUGGCAGUAAUAUUAUCUUUAGUGUGUCGUCAAUUUAAUUAAUUUACAAAUGCGUUAUUGCUCAGUAAUGUCUACACUAUAUCAGUCAGUAGUCAAAUGCUUUUGCUACCUCUUCUAACAGAAAAAAAUUUUCUGUUGAAAUGAAAAUAUUUAUAGCGUUAUAUUAAAGGAGCAUGAACAAAGCUGGGAAAUUGACAUGAAGAGACUAGAAGUGUCUGACUUCGUGCUUGGAGAGGGAGAAUUUGGAGUUGUUAAAAGAGGUACCUAUCGCGGACUUGAUGGAAGGACCUGUAAUGUCGCAGUAAAGCAGUUAAAAGGUAUCACUUGAGUUAAGAACGUUUUUUUAAUACUCGGGAAAUAAAAUUUUGUUCGCCAAAUUAAUCAGUUGCACUAUUUUUUUUAAAGAAUAAUGCCAUUCUCCGCAAUGAAACCUGCAACUGACUUUAAAUUUUAUUUCCGAUUAUUAAAUGAUAAAUAGAAUGAUAUGUGUUGAGAUUAGAAAUUCAGAACAAACUCUGAGUUCCAGAAUUUUAACAGAUAAAAUUAUAUUAUCAUGGCAGAUAUUAAAAACUCACCUGAUUAAUCACUGGGCUUUUCUAUACAGAUGGCACAAGUAUCACUGACAAAGAUGAUCUGUUAUGGGAAAUACAGAUGUUGAAACAAGCUGGAUGGCAUCAAAACAUCGUUGCUUUAAUAGGCGCAUGUACUCAAGAGGGUAUGUUUUACCCUAGCCAGUAUGUCCUUCAGCAUUAUCUGUUAACGUUGAUUUAAGAGGGCUCAAUUUUCAUUACUUUAUUAUCAAUUUAUUAUUUUUCUAGAAGAGAUUCUUGUUGUGACUGAACUUAUCCCUAAUGGAAGCCUGGAAAAAUUCCUGAAAUCAAAGCGGAUGGUAGGCGUUCCUGGCCAAGCGAGUACUUAUGAAAAUGUGCAUUUUGGGCUAAACGACCGGGAGUUACUUGUUAUUGCAUAUCAAGUUGCUUUGGGAAUGCAACACUUAGAGGAGAAAAAGGUGUGAACUGACAGAAGUUCUAUUACCCUUCUUAAGCGCAUUGUAUCAGUAAUUGAUAAAUUCAGAAAACCGUUAAAGCCAGAAAUAGUCUGUGUUACAAGGAAAAGCUAACGAGGCGUGAGAAAACUAAACCUCAACCUUGAGAGAUUCAAGUCGCCGGAAAAAUCGAGCAUAGGACAGAAUGAAACUAUUUCAAGCCAAGGAAAUUCAGUCUUUGAUAAAAUUUAAUUUUGGGCAUGCUCUCUUCCAUUCUCAAAGGAUGGUACUCUUUCCACCUCACCGAGCCUCUUCGUUUGCUUGCCACACCGGUCAAUGAAAAUUAAGGGGCUGCCCACAUUCUAUAAACCAUAUUGUACGCGCGUUAUGUAUAUUGACCACUAGACCAUAGUGUAUACUUGUAUUAUAACUGACAUAAAGGAAUGAAAAUUAGACCCUUUCAAAAGCAGAGGAGGGGAAGGGAGGUCGAGUUCCUUUCAUGGUUGAACCAUCAGUAUUUGGAUGCCAAUUAAGAAUCUAAGAGAUGACCGUCACAGGUCGCCUAGCAGUUUUAUAUCUCAUGAAAUUAACUUCAUUUGGUGGAGCGACUAUGAAAAAAAAAAUAAACCAAAACAAAACAAACAGACGAUUGAAGGUCUGCGACCAAACUUACCACGCUUUGGUCAGGAAAUUGUUUGUUCUUGCAAUUGUACCUCUAUCAGGACUAAGAUAGCCUCCUUUUAGUAUGCAAAUCGUUCUCAAGCCAUCUCACUUAUUUCGCAGCUAUCUUUUGUAUGUUUGAAGCUCUCCCUGUAACUCUUUACAUUUUAUACUUUUGCUGUCAUAACUAGAGGGUCGAUUCUAUUUUUUUCUAGUGUAUUCAUCGCGACCUUUCAGCUAGAAAUGUCUUCAUUGGCGAAAACCUCGUGGCCAAAGUUGGUGACUUUGGAUUGGCAAGGGAUAUCUCGUUCAAUGGCAUUUACACCAAAAAAUCCUCUGUAAGUACAUGUUAGUUCGGGAAUAGCUCUUUUUCUAGUAUCUCCUUAGUUUAACCAUACAAUCCAAGUACGCUAGCACAAAGCUCUUUACUUCUACCUUUUCUUUUUCUUAACCUACUAUCUGUAGCUUCUAAAAAGAGAUUUGUUUUCUCUUCUAUAGGGUAGAGUACCUUGGAGAUGGAUGGCGUUAGAAUCGUUAAAGGAUCAUGUAUAUACUUCCAAAAGUGACGUGUAGGUGUCCUAACUGCUUGUGUCCAAACGUUAAGGUCAUCUCGAUUUUUUUUUCAAGUAAUUCCAUGCCGUUUAUUCAUGUAUAUAAACUGAAUUAUUCUUUGACUUAUAUUAAUAUCUUUCUGUUUCUUUCGUUUCCUUAAAGAUGGUCGUAUGGUAUUGUGUUGUGGGAGAUUGCCACUUAUGGUGGGUAUUAAAAGUAGCCAAACUUCUAUGUUGUCUUCUAAGAUAAAACUUACCAUUUUAUAUAUAAUAAAUACGUUCCGUAUAGUAUUAGUAACACCAAAAACGCAUACAAACAUAUCACGAUAUUUUGUUCUAGGGAAUAGGCUAUUUAUAUUCUUAAAGAUCGGCUUGAGAAGUAUUUUUGGCAAACGCCGUGCAUGGUGGAACAUUCAUAUUUUCCCGAAGGAAAUACAAAAUGCGAGCGAAAUUGUAAGCCUAAAUAUUACCGAAUUUCUGUCUCGAGUAAAGUUGCCUGAAGAACAUGAUCGAAAAGCAAAAUUUAAACCAAGAUUAUGCGCUAGAUAGAACACAAUGAAGUUGACAAUAGGUCUGACUGUGUUUUACAGUUACACGUGGAGGCGAGGCUGGGUUGACCUAAUUAUGUUAAAUAAGUUAGUUUUUAUGCUAACUAGUAUUUUUUAAAUAUAAUAAUCAUGAGUAAAGGAAACUGUUUGCAUCAAAACAAGGCCAACGUCAGUCUCACAUUCACUUAAAGGCUAAGGGUACCAAGCUCAUAACUGUAAAAUAGUCUAUUGUCCAUGAAGUACUUCCCCACAGAGGAACGUAACUGACCAGUAUUUGGUCAAGGAAAUCAACAUAACACACUCCAAAAACUCUUUAAAAACCUGUCGUCAUUAUUUCCAACCAAGAUGAAUUAUCAAGUCCGUUGUUGUCAAUUUAUUCUUUGAAACUCCUUGACUAACUCUUGACUUUGCGGAAGAUGUUUCUUUCUUGGCUUUGCAAAUCGAUUAUUCACGAAAACUGGAAAGCCAUUAUAAGCCCUACACUAAGCUGUGACGAAAUGUGUUGCUCGAAAAAAGACAUUUAACCAUCUUGACUUUUUAUUUUAUUUCUGAUCAAUCAUUUAAAACGUGGAAAACUGACUUUAAACAGGUCAGACAGUCUCAUUCUAAGUAAACGUUUUUGUUGUUGUUUGCUUUUUGUUUGCUUGUUUGUUUGUUUAUUUUUUCUUUAGUUCGUCUAAGUCGAUGGAAUAAUAAGUGUGUUAUUGGACGGUUUAGUGUGUAGCAUCGUGGGAUAUUUUAAAGCUAGGCUUAAGACCUAUGUUUUUCGACAAGCAUAUUUUUAGACUUUCAGUCUUUUUCUUUUUUUGAUUUUUAGGACUUUUAGAAUUUUGAUUUUUCCGAUUCUCAGGAUUUUUUCUUACAUUUUUUAGUGUAUAGAUUAUAAUAUAUUUGACACUGUAAAGCGCAUUUGGGCGUUAGGAAAAUGCACUAUAGAAAUAAAUUAUUUAUUAUUAUUAUAUUCCUACCCGUUUCUUGUAAUAUGACCUAAAAUUUGGUGGAUGUCUGUAGGUGAGGUGCCGUACCCUAACAUAAUAAUGUUAGCAGAUCUAAUCAGUUGGCUGUCCAUGGGGAACCGUAUGUCACGUCCGGAACAUAGCACAGACGAACUGUAAGUUUGCAAUUGUCCUCUAUACAAUUGAAUAAAUAAAUAUUCAAAAAUUCGUUAAUCAAUCAAUAUUUUAAUCAAUAUUUAUCCAGGGGCAUCCAAUUUAGUAAAGCUAGUUUGAAAGCAGCCCUAACACAACACAAAAGCAAAGACAUUAAAACAUUAAAACUAGAAAAUUAAUUAACUUAAAAACUUAAGCCAAAAUGUACCGCAGGCGUUAAUGUUUAAAAUGGCGCUUUAGCUUGAUUUUAAAUUCGGUGAGCUUCUCUACUUGUCUAAUGAUCUCCUGGAGCUCUGGCGCGUCACGUUCUAUUAACUGCGAUUUAAUGUUUCAAUGUAAAUCUUUAUAGAUUUAGGGCCUGUUUACAUGGAGGUGGAGGGACCCAAGGUAGGUGAGGUAACAUGUGGCUGGUCACCCCACCUAUCAUGUUAACGUGGUCAAAUUAAAAUGACCUGUAACCUGGUAACUCUGUUACGUUGUAGUUACCUUGUUACUCUUAAAGUCGGCACAAUACAUGUCCCCAUACAUGACGUACGUACCGCUAUAACAGUGUUAAGCGUUGCACUCAAGACUUAUCAGUUGUGAAGAAGCAAGGCACUGAGACACGCUUUUCAAGGAAUGUCUUCGAAAUUUAAAAAACAUCAUCCUCGGAAUUCGGACUCGCACACACUUGGAGGUCGUGAACAAAUGAGAGCAUUCUGAGCCCUUAAGAACUUGCACACUCGGCAACGGCAUCAGCAGAUUUCCUGGUGUUCUUUCCACAAUUCUUUGCGUGUUCUAAUGUAUCAGUCGGAACGAACGUGUGAGAGACGGUAUUUAAAAUCGUCACCAAAUGCUGAAUCUGCAUCACUCGCGGUCUCCCCAUUUUCCCUCAGUUCUUCAUUGUCUCGCUAACUUUGCAUUAGUGAAACUCCAGUAUGGGUCAGGGUCAGGGUCAGGGUCAUUUAUUUUAGAUUUUUCAUUGCUUUCAGGUUCAUGACCCUGAGAAAGCAAAUUUUGAACACACGUGUCUAAACCGCUAUGUAAAUCUUUAGUUGAAAAUAAACAGCAGAAACAGCUGAUCGAUAGUGCGAAGCCGGAUGAUGUACACCUAACUUUCCAACAGUUUCAUUUCAUUACCAUUUUGAUUUAUCGGAGGCAUUUUAACCAAAACUUUAGUUGAGAAACGGUCAGUUUCAAUAAAACUAGCACCAGGAAUGUCCUCUGGAGUAAGAUCGACUUGAUCGUCCGCCAUGAUUUUAAAUUUGCCGCGAGGGCUAUUAAGCCUCACUUCCAUGCAACUUCCGUUUUUUUUUUUUUCUGGAAACGGACUAUUGCGUAAGCACCCGUUUUUUUUUAACCUUUUUUUUUAAGCCUGAAAAAAAAAAUCCAGGACUUGAACGGGAUUUGAACCCGUGACCUCGCGAUACCGGUGCGAUGCUCUAACCAUGCAACUAUUGGCUAUGAAGCCACUGAUGUUGGGAGCUGGUAAAUUAUGUGUUCAUACGUUCCCAUGAUGAGAUGAAUGUGACAAAUGUAUAUGAAAUAAAUCAUAUAUGAGAACUACGGAAAUGAAUUCUGGAAGUCGUGAACGCAAUACGCCAUUUGCUCGAUGACGUCUUUUACUACUAAUACCACACUUCAUUUUGUUCUUUCUUUCAAAUUUAAAAUUGGUAAUCUCAGUGAGGUUCAAUUUACACAAGAAAGCAAAACCCUGAAGGGUCUGGUAGCAGUAGUAAAAUGACGUCAUCGUGAGUAUGGUCUAUUUAUGGAAUUGCAUAAGAAGCCUGAAAGAAAAUUCAGGACUUCAACGGGAUUUGAACCUGUGAGCUCGCGCUCUAACGAACUAAGCUAUGAAGUCACUUAUGUUGGGAGCUGGUCAAUUAUUUCUUCAUGUUCCCGUGAAAGAGAUGAAUGUGGCAAAAUAAUGUAUGUGAAAUAAAUCAUUAUGAGAACUCUUCCAGGCUCCGAGAUAAUCGGGUCCGCUGAAUUGAGAAGGCGCGAACAUAAAAAAAAAAGAAAGAAAGAAAGAAACGAACGUCGCGUGGGGUGAUUUUCACGCGCUCGCGUUUCGCUCGCUCUACUAUCCCUGAGGAAAAAUGGGGGACCACUCGUAGUCUAAAUUACAACUCGUCUUGAAGAAGGAAACGCUAUCCGAUUGUUAAGUAGCCUGUUCCAGGCUUAGACAUCAUGAGGGAAAACUGACACGAAAGUGUAAGGCAUGCGAAAAGUUGGCAGAGAUUACAGGCUCCGCCGCCCUUCCUCUCCCAAAUUUCCUCCCCGCGUUUUUCACUUCUUUCUUUCAUUCUUUCUUUCUUUUUUUUUUAUGUUCGCGCCUUCUCAAUUCAGCGGACCCGAUUAUCUCGGAGCCUGGAAGAGUUCACAUAUAUGAUUUAUUUCAUAUACAUUAUUUUGCCACAUUCAUCUCUUUAUCUAAUUAGGUAUUACAGAUUAAUUAUUCAAAUAUUUUCUGCUAUUAUUUGCAGAUAUGAAAUGAUGCGUUCAUGUUGGUUAGAAAACCCUUUGAUGAGACCCACAUUUGCUGAAAUAACGAAGCGAUUCCAGUAUUAUUUACGAGAAUAUAAGGUGCUGUCUUGAGUCUUCCUUUGUUUAAUCUAUUGAAUACUGUUAAGUGAAAUCACUGAACAAAUUUAUUGCUAGUCCAAGAAAAGCCAAUUUCGGUUGCUGUCGAAAAUUAUUGGUUCAUCACUAUUUAUCAGCCACAAAAAAAGGGAAAGGGAAAGCCGCUGUCGUUGUCUUUCACAGGACCAAAAAAAAAAAACAAAAAUCCGUAAACUUAAACAUGGCGGGAACACGCGACUCCGUUGCAGUGAACUCAAGAGGGCGGAAUGUCCAAUAUAAACAGUAUUACGACAAAUUUGUUUGUUUGUUUAUAUAUAUUUGUUUACACCCAAUUUAGAGAAAGUACGUGAAUGUAACCGACGAUGGCUCAGAAAAGGCCCAGAAGUCUCGUUAUUGGAUGGGAUUUCCUUGACGAAAACCACGACGCUUUGACAACUGGAUCAGCACGCUACGAGGCAGUUCUUAGUAUUGGUAGAAUAGAACAAACACCUGCAAGAUCACAUUAUGGUCAAAAUAUUGAAAAGAUACUGAUACCCACACCACAACACACAAGCUAACCAAAAGUGGUUUCUGCAACACGAAGAAACGUACCCGCAUUAUUUUAUGAAAGUCGCAAUUUUGCUCAACUAAGAUGACCAGUAUGGAUUAUGUUUUUACUCAUAGUGCACAAUUUUUGACCGGGUUUGUAAAAAUCGUUAUAAUCUCUCUCAGCUGAAGUCGUUGUUCCUGAUCGUCCAUUUAAUUAUUGUCCUCAACAAUAUUCCAAAGUAGCCAUUCUAAAAGUUAAGAGUGCAGCC